UCGAUGGGCCGAUCCGAUCGGGUUUGCCUGAAGCACCUCUUUAUAUCAAACUCCAAAAGCGAGGCACGGUGAAGUAGCGCGAACCAGGAAGAAGGCUCGACCAAACUCCUCUCUGCACGAGCACCCACACUGAAAGCAGUCUGACCUCCUUUACAGUUGUCAGCACCUUCAAGAUGCAAGGUUUCCCAAGAGAAGGUGAGAAUGCUCUUGCUGUCAUGGGCCCAAGACCAGGGAUGGAAUGGUCUACAAUUCCAUAUAAUGCUCCUCCAGCACCUGGACCGAAUGGGAAGCCACGGACAUCAAGUUUGGAAUCACCAAUUAUGUUGCUGGCAGGGCACCAGAGUGCAAUAUAUACUAUGAAGUUCAAUCCGGCAGGAACAAUCAUUGCUUCAGGGUCUCAUGAUAAAGAAAUUUUCCUUUGGAAUGUGCAUGGAGAUUGCAAAAACUUCAUGGUAUUAAAAGGGCAUAAAAAUGCAAUCUUGGAUGUUCAAUGGACUACUGAUGGUAGCCAGAUAAUAUCGGCCAGUCCUGAUAAGACAUUGAGGGCAUGGGAUGUUGAAACAGGUAAACAGAUAAAAAAGAUGGCAGAACACUCAUCUUUUGUGAAUUCAUGUUGCCCUUCCAGGAGGGGACCUCCUCUUGUUGUCAGUGGAUCAGAUGAUGGUACUGCAAAGCUAUGGGAUAUGCGUCAAAGAGGUGCUGUGCAGACAUUUCCGGACAAAUACCAAAUUACGGCUGUGAGUUUUUCCGAUGCCUCAGAUAAGAUAUUCACGGGUGGGAUAGACAAUGAUGUUAAGGUGUGGGAUCUACGCCGGAAUGAGGUUACCAUGACUCUUCAGGGCCACACUGACAUGAUCACAGCUAUGCAAUUGAGUCCUGAUGGCUCCUAUCUUCUAACAAAUGGUAUGGAUUGCUUUCUUCGCAUCUGGGACAUGCGUCCAUAUGCCCCCAAGGAUCGGUGUGUAAAAAUAUUUGAAGGGCAUCAACAUAAUUUUGAGAAGAACUUAUUGAAAUGUAGUUGGUCACCUGAUGGAAGCAAGGUCACAUCUGGUAGUGCAGAUCGAAUGGUGUAUAUUUGGGACACAACUUCCCGGAGGAUCUUAUAUAAACUUCCUGGCCACACUGGAUCUGUUAAUGAGUGUGUGUUCCAUCCUAAUGAACCUAUUAUUGGAUCUUGCAGUAGUGAUAAACAGAUAUAUUUGGGGGAGUUCUGAACUACAAUCUUAUUGUAUCACCCAUUGAGAAAUGAGCUUGUAACUGACUCUGACAACCAAAGCUUGGGAGUUGCUCCUGAUAGCUAUGGAGGCAGUGGAAAGGUACCAUGUAUUUCUCUACUUCACUAGUUUUAGAAUUUUGAGAUCCUGAAUGUGUGGGUUUCCCCGAGGAAGGGUGGGAACUGGGAGGAAAAGAUGAGUGUAAUGUCUAUCUUUCCAAAUACAUUUAUCAUGAGGGAGCUUUUCCAAAAUUCAGCUAUAUUGAGGAAGAUCUCUAUUUUAUUUUUUUUAUUUGCUUAAUUUAAUGAGGAACGGUAUGUGCUGAUUGAGUGGUGAAGUUGGUUAGUGCUAUUAAACUUAAGUUGUUGUAGCGUCCGAUCUUGUCAUAUGAUACUGAACUCCUCUACGGGGAUCAAAACCUUA